UCGGCCCCUGAAACCUUCCCUUGACCCAACCCCUAUUUUUGACGUACGCUGAUUCCCAUUUCAUUUUCCCCCCUCUCUGAUGACGACGUACCGUCUCAGAACCUUCAUGCGCAACACCGCGCCGUUCCGGACCCGCCGCCUCGCCCCUCCCUCCCCUCCGCCGCCGCCGCCGCCGCCCUCGCCCUCCGCCGCUGGCCCCGGGCCGCGGGAAGGCGAGCCCGGCGCCGGGAGCGCCGUGUACCGGCACGCCCUCCGGUUCCAGAGGCCGACCACCAUCCGAUGGCAAGAGCAGCUGGCGAACUCCGGGAGCUUCAUCGGGUCGGUCCUUUUCCCGCCGCGGCGGGUCUCGACGAGCGACGGCCGGUUCGGCGUCUUCACGGUGCUCCGCGUGCACAAGCCUCGCGAUUCGGGGCGCGGGUUUAGGAUAUCGCUGAAGAUGUGGGACGAGAUGGCUGAGAUAUCGUGGAAGCAUUUGAGGCCAGAGGAUUUCGUUUAUGUUUCAGGUCAAUUAGGGAGCUACGAGAAGGCUUCGGAGGGUGGACAAAUGAGAACUUAUUAUGAGGUAAUUGUGAAAGAGUGGAACUAUGUUGCUCAAACUUGUAGAGACCAAUGUUUACCCACAUCUGCAGAAUCGAAAUCAGGAUCUUUAUCUGAGAAGCGCAAAGAUCGCCUGCAAUUGUGGCAGAUCUUUUUUGCCAAUCCAUAUGAAUGGUGGGAUAACAGGACUAGCAAGGUUAACCCAAGGCAACCUGAUUUUAAGCACAAGGAUACAGGUGAAACACUGUGGCUGUGCUCAGACGAUCCUCCGUGGAUUCAAAGACAACUGGAAUUGCUUGAUUCACGAAUGGGAGGAAAAGGCCUCCUAGGGAAUCAAUUUCCUCGCCAUAUCUCUCCAUGGGUGUAUGAUGAAUAGGGAUUCUUUUGUUGGCCAAGCCAAAGUGUUAACAGGGACUUGAGAGGUUUUCCACCAUUCAACUGAGUGGGUAAUGUCUCCUAGAAAUUCUCCUGUGGCCCUGAAGCAAGGCCUGUCCUUGGAAGCAAUGUUAUAGGAGCGGCAAAUUGCCAUUCCCUUAUGGAAGGAGGUACAUCUAUACAUUUGACAUUACUUCUUAUAAAGUCAUUAUUAGCAUAUCCGUUGCCCUUGAAGAGACUUCCAGUUACUCAUUUCCAGUUUUAUACAUAUACUUUAUGUUCAUAUAAACUUGUUAUAGCGAUAUAUUAAUCAUUUGGAAAGUUCUGUUUUGCCAUAGCGUAUAACUUUUGCAGGUCAUAAGUAUCUCCCGAAAGUUGAAUGAUGAUUCAGCGUCUCCUUAUUUCUUGUGGACAUAAUUGGACUGGACUGGUCAGAUGAUAUUUUCUGAAAGAUGUAUCUGGAAGCACUGAAGGUGUCUAAUAUGGAGCUCAUGAUGGUGGUCACGGAAGAAGCGAAGAAACUCAAUUAUGAGUGGUGAUAAUCUCUGCAUUUCUCUGAUUCCCCAAAUUUUGUCUUUACUAAUCUUCAAUAGAUAGUUUCCUCUGUUGAUUAAUUCCUCUGUAGUGCUUGUGAUGUCUAUGCAAUUUACUAUCUCGACAGAUGAAAACUCGUAUUAAUUUUUGCUAGUCAUACAUGAAAUUUGGUCAUCAAGUACCUAGAGUAUGUGAGAAUUUCGUCCUUUUCA